AUUUCCACAAGUGUUUGUGGAAUGUGUCUUGGCCAUUCUAACUGAGACUAACAUGAGAAUUUCUGAGAUUUAGUAAAUGACAAAACUAGUAUUAUUGUUCAUGUGCACAUGUUUACACUGCUCAUUAUUUUGCUAUGCUGUUAUUGUUUUCCUUGCUCCGAAGUGAUGAACAAAAAUAAAGGGAUUCCUUUAGUUUUACCCUGUUAUUCCCCCAACUCUUUUUUGACAAAGGGGAAUCUUUGUGAUGAUCGUGUAUAGGGUUGAUGACAAUCAUAAAUGACUUAUUUUUUAUGUUGUUUUUGUAGACUGUCUAUCAGAAAAAUGGGAACUUGUUUUUUCGCACAACUGUCCAAAUGAAUUAGCACCCAAAAAUUUGACACCACACUAGGGGAAGGACCAUUAUAGAUGCUCUACUUAUUAAAGUCUUUACAUCUGUUGUUGAAUUUACACACACCCUUACAAAAUAUGAACUGCAUCCUUAUUGUGGUUGGCAGAAUAGUUAUUAUCUUGUUUCACAUGCACAAUACCAUUUCUUUUUCUCUAUUACCCAUGCAGUCCUCAUACCACAAAACAAAAUACACUUAAAACUUACUAUUAUACUCAUACCAUCACCUUUGUAGCUACGAUUGUUCCUUUUCCUUCUUCUCUCGAAGUUUCAAUGGAGAUUUUCAAAUUCUUCUACUUCAUUAAUCUCCUCUCUACUUUCAUCUUAUCAUCAUCGUCAUCUUUAGCAAUUGAUCCUUAUUCACAAGCACUACUAAGUCUAAAAUCUGAGCUUAUAGACAAUGAUAAUAGCCUGCAUGACUGGGUGGUCCCCUCUGGAGGGAACUUAGCUAAAAGUGGAAGUUCCUAUGCAUGUUCUUGGUCAGGCAUCAAGUGUAACAAGGACUCAAAUGUAACUUCCAUAGACCUUUCCAUGAAGAAACUAGGUGGUGUACUAUCAGGUAAGCAACUCAGUGUCUUCACAGAGGUUAUUGAUUUCAAUCUAAGCAAUAAUUUAUUCUCUGGUAAACUUCCACCAGAAAUUUUCAACCUCACAAACUUGAAAAGCUUAGAUAUAGACACAAACAAUUUUUCCGGUCAGUUCCCAAAAGGAAUUUCUAAACUCAAAAGUUUGGUUGUAUUUGAUGCCUGGGAAAACAACUUUUCAGGUCAAUUACCUGCUGAAUUUUCAGAAUUGGAAAAUCUUAAGAUUCUCAACCUAUAUGGAAAUUCCUUCAGUGGAAGCAUUCCAUCUGAAUAUGGUUCUUUCAGAAGCCUUGAGUCUCUUCUUCUAGCUGCUAAUUCUCUCACAGGAAGUAUACCACCAGAACUUGGUAACCUCAAAACAGUGACUAGCAUGGAAAUUGGCUCCAAUUCUUACCAGGGUUUCAUUCCACCUCAACUAGGUAAUAUGAGUCAGCUUCAGAAUCUUGAGAUAGCAGAUGCUAAUCUAUCUGGUUCUAUUCCAAAGGAACUUUUCAGUCUCACCAAUUUGCAAAUACUUUUUCUGUCCAUAAACCAGCUAACAGGAUCAAUACCAAGUGAGUUCAGCAAAAUAAAACUUCUCACAUUUUUAGAUCUCUCUGAUAAUUUGCUUUCUGGGUCGAUUCCUGAAAGCUUUUCAGAGCUAAAAAGCUUAAUCAUACUUAGUCUUGGGUCGAAUGACAUGAGUGGCAUUGUACCUGAAGGCAUUGCAGAACUACCGUCCUUAGAAUUUCUUCUCAUUUCUCACAAUCGCUUCUCUGGAUCACUCCCAAAGAGUUUAGGCAAAAACUCCAAACUCAAGUCGGUGGAUGUCUCCGUAAACAACUUCAAUGGCAGCAUACCACCAAGUAUUUGUCAAGCUACUCAGUUGAGUUAUUUCAGUGUCUCUUAUAAUAUGCAAUUAGGAGGAAACAUCCCUUCACAAAUUUGGUCUAUGCCACAACUUCAAAAUUUCUCAGCAUAUUCUUGUGGUAUUUUAGGCAAUCUUCCUUCAUUUGAGUCAUGCAAAUCAAUUUCAACAAUUCGUCUUGGUAGAAACAACUUAUCUGGAACAAUACCAAAAAGUGUUUCGAAAUGUCAAGCUCUUAUGAUAAUCGAAUUAUCUGACAAUAAUUUGACAGGUCAAAUACCCGAGGAGCUGGCAGAUAUCCCUAUUCUUGAAAGUGUAGAUUUAUCUAACAAUAAACUCAAUGGCCUCAUACCUGAAAAGUUUGGAAGUUCAUCAAGUUUAAAACUUCUCAACGUGUCUUUCAACAAUAUCUCAGGUUCAAUACCCGAGGAGCUGGCAGAUAUCCCUAUUCUUGAAAGUGUAGAUUUAUCUAACAAUAAGCUCAAUGGCCUCAUACCUGAAAAGUUUGGAAGUUCAUCAAGUAUAAAACUUCUCAAUGUGUCUUUCAACAAUAUCUCAGGUUCAAUACCAAAAGGAAAGUCAUUCAAAUUAAUGGACACUAGUGCAUUUGUUGGAAAUUCAGAGCUAUGUGGAGUUCCAUUAAGACCAUGUAUUAAGUCAGUAGGAAUAUUAGGGAGCACAAACACUUGGAAGCUUACACAUAUUCUGUUACUCUCUGUAGGGUUGCUAAUAAUCCUUAUGGUAUUGGGCUUUGGAAUACUUCAUUUCAAAAAGGGGUUUGAGAGUCGAUGGAAAAUGAUUUCAUUUGUUGGACUACCACAAUUCACACCAAAUGAUGUCUUGACAAGCUUCAACGUAGUUGCUGCUGAACAUACAGAGGUUACAAAAGCAGUUCUUCCAACAGGUAUAACAGUUUUAGUCAAGAAGAUUGAAUGGGAAACAAGGAGCAUUAAGUUGGUGUCAGAAUUUAUAAUGAGGCUAGGAAAUGCAGCAAGGCACAAGAAUUUAAUCAGGUUGUUGGGUUUUUGCUACAACCAGCAACUAGUUUACCUUUUGUAUGAUUACUUGCCAAAUGGAAAUUUGGCUGAGAAAAUUGGAAUGGAAUGGGAUUGGUCAGGUAAAUUCAGAACAAUAGUUGGAAUUGCAAGGGGACUUUGCUUCCUUCACCAUGAAUGUUACCCAGCUAUACCACAUGGAGAUUUGAAUUCCACCAACGUUGUAUUUGAUGAAGAUAUGGAACCUCAUUUAGCUGAAUUUGGGUUCAAACAUGUCAUAGAGUUGAGUAAAGGCUCAUCUCCUACUACAACUAAGCAGGAAACAGGUUUAAUUUUUAUGGCAGAAUACAAUGAAUCAAUGGAAGAGGAACUCGGCAGCGAUGUCUACAAUUUUGGGAAGAUGAUUCUAGAAAUUUUAACCGGCAGAAGGUUGACAAGUGCAGCAGCCAACAUUCACAGCAAAUCACAUGAGACUCUUCUAAGAGAAGUUUACAAUGACAAUGAAGUGACCUCUGCCAGUUCAAUGGAAGAGAUUAAAUUGGUUCUUGAGGUUGCUAUGCUUUGCACCAGAAGCAGAUCAUCGGAUCGGCCAUCCAUGGAAGAUGCUCUGAAGCUAUUGUCAGUUAAAAACUUCUAAAUAAGGGAAAUAAAAAAAAUUCUCAUUUGCAUCAAAGUGUUGAAAGCCAUUAGAAAAUAUAUAAUAUGCAUGGUUAAUAAGUUUGCAAAUGUGUAACUGAAUGAGUUUGUAGCUUGUAUAAUACAUAUUUCCAUUGUUUCAGUGUGCCAUAUAAUAAUUUCCCAGUCUUUCUCAAUCCACUAAAUAAAAUAAAUGGUUUCAGUGUUA